AUGACUCUCCCGGCUCUCCCAAAUCCUUCCAACUUUCUUGGAGUGGCCCUGGUCAUCAACAGGAACCGCGAUGGGCCCCGCUUUGUCUUCCACUACCCUCCUCACAUAGUCCCUGUCGAGGACCGGCACACAGAGGGCAGUGAGGACGGCGUCGACGAGGACGACAUCUUGCUGGAACGCGCCGCUGCGCCCAUGGACGGCUCGUCGCCGUAUAACCUGAACGUGUCUGAGAUGCUCCCAUGGGAUCAAGAUGAUCACAUCGUCACCGACAGCGGCACUCAGAUUGUUCCGUGGGAGCAUGUCGCUGGGCUCCCUACCAAGGACUUGGAGAGCAUCUUGACCCCGGCUAGAGCAUAUCACAAGACGUUAUUCCAAAUCUCCUUGGAUCCGCUGUACUUCGUUUCAUAUCCAAUCCACAAACCUGACAAUGGUAUCUGGAAGAAGAAAAGCAAGAAGAGGGAAAACCAGCAGAGGCACAAGAACAGUGAUGCCUCGAAAAGGGACGACGACCAGUUGUCACCACACGAGGACCCCCUGGACAGUGAUCCUGGCGCCAGAAAGGGGGAGGUAGCCGAUGAGGACAACACCGAUGUCAGGGACAGACCGGAAAAGUCGACGGUCGGCGCGGGCAAGCCUCAAGACGAGGCAGAAGACAAGGUCAGCUCCAUGACCAUGUUCAACCUCGUAUUCAUCCUCAACCCCAGGAAGCACGAAGCCAAGGACCUGAUCGAUUCCAUGUACACCAACAUCAUCCGCAAGGUCAACAAGGCCUACAAAUACGUCCAGCAGCGCAGCGACUUCGUGUGGAAGGAGUCUAAGAAGAUCCUGUCCAUGAAAGACAAGGCGCGCGAGGAGAAGCGCAAAAUGAGCGUGUUGUGGGAAGAGAUCCUACAUAAUUCAUCUCUGGCCGCUUCAAUGCAAGACCUAUACGAUGCCAUCUCACGCAACAAGAUCGCCGCGCUUCAGCUUGACACGGGCGAGGCCACUGUCACACACUCGGUGCAGAUCCCCGUUCCCUUCCACAUCCCCGAUCUUCCACCACUGGAACGCGAGGAGGACAGUCGCGGCUUGUGGAUCACAACGGCCAACACUUUUGUCGGAGACAGUGAUGCGUUCGAAGAGCCACAUUAUCUUGAUAAGAACUUUGCAUUGCUUCUGAUGGACGAUGACAAGAAGAUUAUCGCAGAGCUGUCUGCUGACCCUGACGAGACCACACUAUCCAUGAUCGAGUUCGUCCGCCACUCGAAGCCGACCAUGUCUUUUCACCAGGUUGCGCAGCAGACAAACAACAUUCUCACGCUUGGACAGGUGCGAAAAUUCGCACAGCACUUCAUAUUCUGGCGGCGCGCCAUUGCCAUACCUCCUCUGCAUGCAAGGGACGUCUAUUUCCUCAGCCCCAAUGCCGACAUGAAGGCACUGCCAAGGGCAAGCGCAGACUGGGCGAGACAGUUUCCCUUUGCACCGGCCCUGCCUAACUUCCUCGCCGACCUAUCUGCCGCCCCAAGACCAUACAAGUGGUUCUGCCCGUCCAAGAGCUUCCGCCCCAGCUAUCUUCAGAUGUUGGCGUGGCUCAUGCGUGGCGGAUGGGUGGCACAACUCUGCACUUUCGCGUACGUCGUUGUCUGGCCGGAGAUACUGUAUGAGGUGGAGUAUGCCCUCGAGGCGGAGGAGGUCGCCAAGGCGAAAAGGGCACAGGUUGCAGCUGUGGACGACCUGGAGCACGGCUCGCCUGAAAAUGCACCCAGCGCAGCGAGGAACAGGAGAGGCAGCGGAAGGAGCAGUGACAUGAUGGCGGGAAGCGUCGAGAACCUCGCUUCCUCCACCUCUGCCCUUCAACAAACGGCCAGCGUGGCAGGGACUGCCCUGGAGAGGAGCAUCGGUGAUCUCAGCUCCGUCUCCAUCGGGGAUGACGUUCAGCCAUCGCCUCUACCCUCAUCUCCCUCUACGUCCGUAGUCCUCAGGGACGCAUCCGCGCCGGGCUCGGAGGUGCAGUCCCCCACCUCCGCCACGUCCCACGGCCGGCCGCAUUCCCAGCCCACUCUGGCCGAGCAGGUCGCGGAGAAGGCCCGCCUCGAGCGCAUCGCCGACAAGCUGGCCUGGGAGCUCGCCGAGAAGGCAACGGCGCACGCCCGCAAGGCCGUGCCCAGGGCGACGGACCACCCCAGCGUCAACAAGGCCCCGCACCUGGCCCAGCUGAGCCCGCACAUCAUCCUGGACGCCAAGAAGGCCACCGGCAAGGAGUCGCUCUACCUGUCCGCGAUUGCGAGGCGGCUGCGGGAGAGGAAGACCGCGGCCCCACCGCCGUCGAAGGCGAGGAAGGACAAGGCCAAGGCGCAGCCUGGCCUGGGCGAGGGCCCCAAGAGGGUAGCCGUCGGCGCCGGCUCGGCUGCAGGUGGGAAGGAUGGCAAGGCCGGCGGUGAUGGCAAGGGCGUCGACUGGGACGAGAGGGUGGCGAACACGUGGCCGCUCUUCUGCAAGUACUUUAACGGGCGGUGCGCGCUGGAGCGGAUCGCGCUGCAGGAGGAGAUGAAAAGGAAGGACGUGUGGAACUUGUUGACGGCCAUGAGCGAGUACCUGCAGACUGUCAGGCACUGGUAG